CUCUCUCUUUUUUUAAAAUUAAAAAGCAAGCGGUGCCUCUUUCAGAUCUCUGUUUUUCUUCUAUCGUACUCCGUGCCUCCAAAAAAAAAUCCUUUCUGAAAAAAUGGGGGCAUACAGAGCCGACGACGAUUAUGAUUACUUGUUCAAGGUGGUGUUGAUCGGUGAUUCCGGUGUAGGAAAAUCUAAUCUUCUCUCUAGAUUCAGUCGUAAUGAGUUCAGCCUUGAGUCUAAGUCCACCAUCGGUGUUGAGUUCGCUACUCGAAGCAUUCAUGUUGAGGAUAAGGUUGUUAAAGCUCAGAUUUGGGAUACCGCUGGUCAGGAACGAUAUCGAGCAAUCACAAGUGCUUACUAUCGAGGAGCUGUUGGUGCAUUGCUGGUUUAUGAUGUCACUCGUCAUGUGACUUUCGAGAAUGUUGAGAGAUGGUUGAAGGAGCUCAGAGAUCAUACUGACUCGAACAUUGUCAUAAUGCUUGUGGGAAAUAAGGCCGAUUUGCGUCACUUGCGGGCUGUUUCCACUGAGGAUGCCAAGGCAUUUGCUGAGAAGGAGAGUACUUUUUUCAUGGAAACAUCUGCUCUGGAAUCCAUGAAUGUGGAAAACGCCUUCACAGAAGUGCUCACACAAAUAUACCGUGUCGUGAGCAAGAAAGCUCUUGAAGCAGGAGAUGACCCAGCAGCAUUACCCAAGGGACAGACCAUUAAUGUCGGAAGCAAGGAUGACGUUUCAGCAGUAAAGAAAGUUGGGUGCUGUUCUUCUUAAAACAAGGACUGAUCUGGAUGUUGGAAGAUGUUCUAUUCCAACUUUUUGAGUUCAAAUUUUCAUGUGGCAGUGGUAAUUCUCCUAUUCUGUACAAUGAAUUGACCACAUGAAUCGUUAGCCGUGAGCACUCUAGUUUACAGAUGCUCAAGUUUGAAUUUGAGCUCUCCCUUGAGUUCCUCAGCAUUCUUUAUCCUUGUUUCUAUAUUUAUCUUAGCUUAGUGUAUGAUUGUAGUAUAGCUUCUUAUGAAUCUCUUGGAUAGAGUGAAUUUUGAUUGCAAAGAUUGAACUGAGACAUGUUUGAACAGAUGCUGUCCCACUAGAUUUAUCAAAAUCAAUCAUAUGUUAUUUUUCAU